AUGACCGUCUUGAGUGAGCGCGGCGAUGCCGACUUCGAUCUUUAUCCGUACAGGCCAUCGGCGACGGCAGGUUAUGCUUUUGUGGCCCUGUUCGGUCUUGGAGGCCUCGUGCAUCUCUGCAUGUUAAUUCCACUGCGCGCGUGGUUCUUUAUCCCCUUUGUGCUGGGUUGCGCAGGCGAAGCAGCCGGCUACUACGGCCGCGCCUGGUCCCACGCCAACAUCCGCAGCGGCAGCCCCUACCUCCUGCAACUCAUGCUCAUUCUGGCCUCCGCCCCCCUCCUCGCUGCAUCCAUCUACAUGACGCUAGGCCGCCUCGUCCGCGCCCUCGACGCCACAGACCACGCGUUCCUGUCUCCCCGCUGGACGACAAAAAUCUACGUCAUCAUCGACAUCGGAAGCUUCGUCACCCAGCUGAUGGGCACGGCGAUGCAGGCUAAUGGCGGCGCUGAAGGUGCUAAGCAGGGCACUACUCUCGUCAUAGCGGGCUUGGGCGUGCAGCUUGGUGCGUUCGCCAUCUUCAUCCUCAGCGUGGCGAUUUUCCAUCGGAGACUGGUGUUAGAGCCUACGGACGUGUCGAUGGAGCAUAAGACUUGGAACAGGUACAUGUGGAUGUUGUAUGCAGUGAGUGGGCUUAUUGUUGUACGGAGUGUGUUUCGAUUGGCGGAGUUCGUGGAGGGAAGCAACGGGAAGUUGUACAAGACGGAGGCUUUUCUUUAUGUGUUUGAUGCAAGUCUUAUGUUUGCGGUUGUGGUGAAUAUGGCGGCGUUGCAUCCCGGGGUGCUGCUUAGGGGAACGAGGAAGAGGGAGAGGGGAAUUCCUUUGCUUUGA